CUCAUGUGAGUGAAUCGCAGCGCAAACACGGAACUAUUAUAGCGAUGCACAGCUGAAAAUAAUCUGAGCAUGGCGUCGUCUCAUCUGUGCAAACUGCACAGUCUAUUAACGCGGUUUUCCAGCGGCACCACGCUGCGACAUGUACAAACAUGUUUGGUGCCAGUUCGACAGAAGUCCAGUGUCAGUGGUCCUUCACCUGAUGGCCCAAACUGUAACGUGGACAUCGGCGUGACUUCAGAUGGGAAAACCGUGGUGUGCUACCAUCCCCCUGUCGACAUUCCUUAUGAGCUUACACAACCUAUAGAACGACCGGACCCCAUCUCCAACCUGGUUGAGACCCACGACCAGGUUUUAAAGGCCCACCUCAGCAAGGAGGUGCUGAGGGGCAAAAAGGGGCCCACCAUAGAGGAGCUGAGCAAGAUGUUUUUCACCACCAAACACCGGUGGUAUCCAGUAGGACAGUAUCACACGAGACGCAGAAAGAAGGAUCCUCCAAAGGACAGAUAGUUAAAGGCCCAAGUUACAAAACUGCAAAUGUUUGUGUUAUUGUGACGAUGAUGUAUAAUAAACUGUUAAAUAUUGA